GGAGUGGAUCUCUGAAACUUCACAUUUAUAAUUUACAAUUUUAUGACGUGGAUAUCUCAACAUUCACACGAAAAAGUCACAAUUUGAUGCCGUAAAGUCAGGGAUCAACAUGGUCACCCGGGGUCCACUGACCUGUGCUGUGAGGUCUCUGCUGGGUGGGUGUGUUCUGUUGUACCUGUUCAGUGCCUGCGACAGUGCCUGUGUCGGUGCCUGCGACAGUGGAACCAACAGUUCCUACAAUUUUAGCGCGACAGACGACACCGGAUUUGAGUUGCUCUUCGUGUCAAACGACCACGAGUUUCUCAACGCCUCGGUCAAGAUGAGUCAUCCUUAUCCAUCGUGGGUUCAAGGCGCUUUGGUGCGCAACGGUCCUGGAAAGUUCGAGAUGGGGGAGAGUCGGAUGAGUCACCUCUUUGACGGGUUCGCCAAGCUGGCGAGCUGGAGGCUGGACGGUGGCGACACGGCGCUUUUCUCCACCCGGUUUAUUUACUCCACAUGGCUCAACCGGUCACGGUCUGCCGGCAAACUGGCGCCAUCUUUGUUGCUGGCCCAGCCCCAGCCGGCCUUCUCUAGGUGGGAAAAACUGGUCGCUGUCUGGAGGUCGAUGGACAACAUGAACGUCAACGUCUGCCGCCUCAGGGGUCACGGGGUCAAAGAUGAUCACGUGAUGGCGCUCACGGACAGCCCGCGGAUGUACGAGAUUUCUUUAGACGAUCUGUCGACUCUAAAGCUGGUACAGCCCGAACGGGAUGUGGUUGUCUCAGGUCGUGAACCGGAUGUGGUUCUCUCAGGUCGUGAACCGGAUGUGGUUCUCUCAGGUCGUGAACCGGAAGUGAAGCCAGGUACACGCAUGCAGUCUCACACCGGCUUGAUGGCUGACAAGGAUGCAACUCUAACGUUUGAAAACACGAGGACAUUUUUCCCACAGCCUAAGGUGGAAACACAAGGCUCUGUUGAAAAAAUGACGAUGGCGCCACCAGACCUGUCUAGGGUCGGGUUCAUCGAUCUGAUGUCUGUCGCCCACCCGCUGGUGGAGCCCGGCACCCACAAGACCUUGACCGUGGUGACCCGGGUCUCCCUGGUGCCAGGCAUAGAGCACGAGCUCUGUCUUCUCAGAAUGACGUCACCCGUGGAUCGCGAGCGGAUCUCGUGCUGGCCAGUGGGUCACAAGGUCGUCUACCUGCACAGCUUCUCCCUGACCCUGACCAGAGCCGUCGUGAUGGUCAGCCCGCUCUACCUGAAGGGUGCGGCCUGUAUCCUGGCCACCGCGGCUCCAUUUGAGUGCUUCGAGUGGCUCCCACACGAGCCGUCUGUCUUGUACGUCAUAACCUUGUCCACGGGGAAGGUCACCGCCGUCAAGGUCACGCCCCCCUCUGUGUUUUCCCUCCACCACAUCAACGCAUACGACACGCCUGCCGGCAAUGUUGUGAUGGACGUCGUCAGCCACCAAAACACGGACGUCCUGCGGGGACUGAUGCUGGACGUCCUGAGAGACCCCGUCAGGAGGGACAGCCUGGACGUGCAUGCGAUGGUCAUGCGGGUCACCAUCUGGCUCGAUGACAUCAGGGCCAGCGUCACGCGCCUGGACGCACCAGACGAGCCAUUGGUCGCUUCCCGCUUGGAGUUUCCGGUCAUCAACGAGCUCUACCGGUCACGUGACUACUGCUACGUGUACGGGAUAGUUCUAAAGGCAGACCACGUGACCUUCAGCAAGAUGCUGCUGGUCAAGAAGGAUCUGUGCACCGGCGGAAAACGGGACCUCCAUCUGUAUAUACCCGGGAUUUAUUUUCUAGAACCUUCAUUCGUAGCGAACCCCCGCGCCGCCUCGGAAGAUGACGGCGUUUUGGUAGUUCAAGGUCACGAUGGUGUCAGAAAGCGCGCGACUUUGAGCAUCAUUGACGCGAGAACGUUUGCAGUGACGUCACACGCGGUUAUGCCCACCCACAUCCCAUUCAGCUUUCAUGGAAAAUUUUUCCCAUCGUCUGGCUCUACCUCACCAACCGCCUCUACCUCGACUAAUGCCUCUACCUCAACCCAUGCCUCUACCUCACCCACAUCCUCUACCUCACCCACUGCCUGAUUAUUAAACCUGUCAAUACCUGACUAAGUCUGCUAUUAUCGCCAGAAAUGGGACAUUGAUUUCUGAUUUUAAAGUUUACCCAACCAUCAAAAAUUUUGAUUUUUCAUUCCAUCAAGUAAUAAGACGAAAAUAUCGUCAUUCUUUUAAGUCGAUCUUAGUGCACUGUGUAAACUUCAUUUUACCGCGUGCUUCGGUCAUCUCACUACUUGAGAUCUGGGCCAUACUAGAUGUGGGCCACAUAUGAUCUGGGCCAUCAAUACCAUUUUUGUGUCAUUUGAGAUCUGGGCCACAGUUACUACCCCUUUGUCUAUUACUACCCCCUGCACAUUACCCUCCUUGUAGUGCAGUCGUGAAACAGCUACCAUGUUGACGUAAACACUGCCUGGCUAAAUGUAAAGAAUGAGUUUGCUGAUGUUAGCUGUUUGUUGAAGUGUGCUGUUUGUUGGGGAUCACUGUUGGUAAAAGUUUGCUGUUUGUUGGGGAUCACUUUUGGUAAAAGUUUGCUGUUUGUUGUCUGAUAAUGUUGGCUGAUUUAGUAAUGCUUGUCUUUCAGUUAUUUAGGUGGUCUUUAGUUGUUUUUAAAUAAACAUCUUAGCCUAUAUUUA